UCGUUUUAGAAGCGAGAAGUCCCCGCGCGCGGCCGCUCGCGAGUUCGAGACGCAAACUGAACGGCAACUUUUUAUUAUCUGUUCUGUCCGCGCGCACCGGCGCUGAGGGAAAUUAUACAAACCGGAAAUAAUUCACACUGCAGACUGCAAGCAUCAGACGCGGAGACUCCUACUGGACUAAACACACACACACACCGAAUCUGUACGUACUCAAUAUUUUGCUGCUGAACUUGGCCCGGUUCCGUUUGCUCUCACGCGCCGCAUCAUACACUCACAUACAUACGCGCGCCGUCAGGUGCUAGUGAGGGACACGCGCACACACACACACACACACACACACACACGCACGCACAUUCAAGUGCGAGGAUGACAGAUGCACGCGGGCGGCAGGACUCUUCCCCGUGAGCUCGCGACUGAAACGCGGAAUCCUCGCUCUCCGUUGCUGCGCUCGCGCGUGUGCGUGCGUGAGUUGUGUUAUUGCGAGUAGUGAGUUGGACGGCGCGAGCGUGCCGUAGGUGCGUGCGCUCCGCUUUGCAGGAUUAUUCAACUUUUCCCCCUAUUUUUUUUUAAAUCGCGGCGACGUAUUUGGACCGACUGACUGACCCACCGAGCGACCGUCUUUCUCUCUCUCUUUCUCUCACACACACACACACACACACACACACACACACACUGUGCAGCGGGACCGUGAGAUCAUCCGGCCGCUCUGAGGAACUUCAUCUCCGCCAGGACGCAAGAGAAGAAGAAGAAAAAGGAGAGAGAGAAAAAAAAACAGACAAGAGAGUGAGGGAAAAAGGAAUAAAGAGAGUAAAGAUGUGCGCGUUGAGCGCGGCGGUGUGUUUGGCGGCGGUGCUCGCGCUUCUCGGGGUCGGCGGGUCGCACGCGCAGCUCUGCCCGGCUCAGUGCUCGUGCGUCGGGACCACCGUGGACUGUCACGCGCAGGGACUGCGGAGCGUUCCGCGAGACAUCCCGCGCAGCACCGAGCGACUUGACCUCAACAACAACAAUCUGACCAAAAUCACGAAGGCUGACUUUGCAGGGCUCCGAAAUCUCCGAGUGCUACACCUGAUGGAGAACAGGAUCAGUGUAAUUGAACGAGGAGCAUUUCAGGACUUGAAGGAGCUGGAGAGACUGCGCCUGAACAGAAACAGUCUGCAGGUUUUUCCAGAGCUGCUCUUCGUCACGACAACCAAACUCAACAGACUGGAUCUGAGUGAAAAUCAGAUUCAAGGCAUUCCGAGAAAAGCGUUCCGAGGAGCUACGGAGAUCAAAAACCUGCAGCUGGAUUAUAAUCAAAUCUCAUGUAUUGAAGACGGAACAUUUAGAGCUCUGCGGGACCUGGAAGUGCUAACGCUGAACAACAAUAAUAUAUCUCGCUUGUCAGUGGCCAGUUUUAACCACAUGCCCAAGCUCAGGACAUUUCGUCUUCACUCCAAUAAUCUCGUCUGUGACUGCCACGUGUCCUGGCUCUCUGAUUGGCUGAGACAGAGGCCCCGCCUCGGCCUCUACACUCAGUGCAUGGCUCCGCCCUCUAUGAGGGGACACAAUGUCGCCGAGGUUCACAAGCGAGAGUUCGUCUGUACCGGUUCUGUGUCUCACUCCUCCUGCAGUGUCCUUCAGUGUCCUGAGUUUUGUUCCUGCAGUAAUAAUGUAGUUGACUGUCGAGGAAAAGGUCUGACUGAGAUUCCCACCAACCUUCCGGAGACCAUCACGGAAAUUCGGCUGGAGCAGAACUCCAUCAAAAUCAUCCCACCUGCAGCCUUCACACCUUACAAACGUCUCAGAAGGAUUGAUCUGAGUAAUAAUCAAAUAUCAGAAAUGGCUCCAGAUUCCUUUCAAGGCCUACGCUCCCUCAACUCACUGGUUUUAUAUGGGAAUAAAAUCACUGAGCUUCCUAAAGGCCUGUUUGACGGACUCUUCUCUCUACAGCUACUGUUACUGAAUGCAAAUAAGAUCAACUGUCUGCGAGUGGACGCCUUCCAGGACCUGCAGAACCUCAACCUGCUCUCUCUGUAUGACAACAAGCUGCAGACCAUCGCUAAGGGGACGUUUGCAUCCUUGCGCGCCAUCCAGACGCUACACCUGGCCCAGAACCCGUUUGUGUGUGACUGUCAUCUGAAGUGGCUGGCUGAUUACCUGCAGGAGAACCCAAUUGAGACGAGCGGGGCGCGAUGCACCAGCCCACGCCGCCUCGCCAACAAACGCCUCGGCCAGAUAAAGAGCAAGAAGUUCCGCUGCUCAGCUAAAGAACAGUAUUACAUACCAGGUACGGAGGAUUACCGCACUAAGCUGAGUGGGAGUUGCUUUGCCGAUCUCGUGUGUCCUGAGAAGUGUCGCUGUGAGGGAACAACCGUCGACUGUUCAGGACAAAAACUCACCAAGAUCCCUGACAACAUUCCACAAUACACUGCAGAGCUACGUUUGAACAAUAACGAGUUCACUGUGUUGGAGGCGAGUGGUGUGUUCAAGAAACUCCCACAACUGCGCAAGAUUAACUUCAGCAAUAAUAAGAUCAGUGAUAUAGAGGAGGACACUUUUGAGGGAGCGAAUGGAGUGAACGAGCUCAUACUGACCAGCAACCGUCUAGAGAGUGUUCACUAUGGCAUGCUGAAGGGUCUGACGGGUCUGCGCACACUGAUGUUGCGCAGUAACAAGAUCAGCUGUGUGAGUAACAGCAGCUUUACCGGCCUGAGUUCAGUGCGGCUGCUCUCACUCUAUGAUAACCUGAUCACCUCCAUCACCCGGGGAGCCUUCGACACACUCCAUUCUCUCUCCACACUGAACUUGCUGGCCAAUCCGUUUAACUGUAACUGUCACAUGGCCUGGUUGGGGGAGUGGCUACGGAAGAAACGCAUUGUCACGGGAAACCCUCGCUGCCUUAAACCCUACUUUCUGAAAGAGAUCCCAAUUCAGGAUGUGGCCGUGCAGGACUUCGCCUGUGAGGACGGUGAUGAUGAGAAUAGCUGCUCCCCAUCAGCUCGUUGUCCAUCAGAAUGCUCAUGUUUGGACACGGUGGUGCGCUGCAGUAAUAAAGGACUGAACACACUGCCGAAGGGCAUCCCUAAAGACGUCACUGAGCUCUAUCUGGAUGGAAACCAGUUCACACAGGUUCCUCUGGAGCUCUCCAACUACAAACACCUCACACUCAUUGAUUUGAGCAAUAACCAGAUCAGCACGUUGUCCAACAACAGCUACAGUAACAUGUCUGAGCUGCUUACACUAAUCUUAAGCUACAACAGACUGAGAUGUAUUCCAGCUAAAGCCUUUGAAGGCCUUCGAUCUUUGCGAUUACUGUCUUUACAUGGUAAUGACAUUGCUGUAAUUCCUGAAGGAGCAUUUAAAGAUCUCUCCUCUCUUUCUCAUCUUGCUCUCGGGGCGAACCCUCUACACUGUGACUGUAACAUGCAGUGGCUCUCUGAUUGGGUGAAGAGUGGCUAUAAAGAGCCGGGCAUCGCUCGAUGCGCUGGACCCAAAGACAUGAUGGACAAACUGCUGCUCACCACACCAUCCAAACUGUUCACCUGUACAGGUCCAGUGGACAUCAACAUCCAGGCAAAGUGUGAUCCAUGUCUGUCCAGUCCAUGCAAAAAUAAUGGCACCUGCACCAACCAUCCUAUUGACUUCUACAGAUGCACCUGUCCAUAUGGAUAUAAGGGUCAGGAUUGUGAAGCACCCAUCCACGCCUGCAUCAGUAACCCGUGUCAGAAUGGUGGAACAUGCAACCUAAAAGACGGAGCUGAGAACACACACUGGUGUGUGUGUCCCGAGGGCUUUGAGGGAGACAAAUGUGAGAUUAACAUUGACGACUGCGAGGACAAUGACUGUGAAAAUAACUCCACAUGUGUGGACGGAGUUAACACUUACACCUGUCUCUGCUCAUCUGAGUACACAGCCGCUAAUAACAAUGAAGUGGAAAAAGGGGAGCUGUGUGAAGAUAAGCUGGAUUUGUGUUCUCCAGAGCUGAAUCAGUGUCAGCAUGACUCCAAAUGCGUCCUGACUACUCACGGUUUCAAGUGUGAGUGCACCCCAGGGUACUCAGGAGAGCACUGUGAGCUGGACGUCGAUGAUUGCGCGGAUAACAAGUGCAAAAAUGGAGCGCAGUGUUUCGACGCUGUCAAUGGCUACACGUGUGUGUGUCCUGAGGGCUACAGCGGGUUGUUCUGUGAGUUCUCCCCCCCCAUGGUGUUGCCCCGGACGAGUCCAUGUGACGAUCACCAGUGUGAGAACAGCGCAGAGUGUGUGGUCAAGGGGGCAGAACCGGUGUGUGUGUGUCUCCAUGGUUACGAGGGCGCACGAUGUGAGCGACUCGUCAGUGUGAACUUCGUCAGCCGAGACGCUUUCGUCCAGAUUCCUUCUGACACGCAACACACUAACAUCACACUCCAGAUUGCGACAGACGAGGACAGUGGAGUGCUACUGUAUAAAGGCAAUGGUGAACAAAUGGCUGUCGAGCUCUACAGAGGAAGAGUGAGAGUCAGCUACGACACAGGAACCAUCUACAGUGCGGAGACGGUCAGUGAUGGAGGGUUCCACGUGCUGCAGAUCACAGUGACGGACCUGUCUGUCUCUCUGUCCAUUGAUGGAGGGAAACCCAAAUCCAUCUCUACUGCACGGAGAACAAGUGCAGGAUCGAGACCAUCACCACUUUACCUGGGAGGCGUCCCCUUGCAGUCAUCUGUCUCUCCGUUCAGUAACGGCUCCAGUUUUCAUGGGUGUGUCCGUCAGGUCUACAUUAACGAGCAGCUGCAGGAUAUGAUGCAUUUCCAGCGGGAGGGUGUGAUCCCUGGGUGCCGUUCGUGCCAGCCGAGUGUGUGUGUGCACGGCCAGUGCCAUGUUAACUCACGUGAUGCACGUGAUGCAUAUGAAGACACCCACUCAUCAUUCAGCUGCGAGUGUGAACCAGGCUGGACCGGUCCACUGUGUGACCAGCCGCUCAAUGACCCCUGCCUCGGCAACAAGUGUGUACGUGGCACUUGUGUGCCCAUUAACUCAUACUCGUACAGGUGUGUGUGCACACCGGGCUUCACGGGCGUGCUGUGUGAUGAGCGCAGCGUGAGUGUGUGCGAGUGUAAACACGGACACUGCCGCCUCUCCGGCCUCGGCACAGCGUACUGUGAGUGUAACGCUGGAUACACAGGGCCGCUGUGUGACAAAGAAAUGGAGUGUAGGGGUCACAGGGUCCGAGGUUACUUUCAGAGGCAGCAGGGCUACGCUGCGUGUCAGACCACGGAGAAAAUCUCACGCCUAGAAUGUGCAGGAAGCUGCGGGGGCGGGGACUCGUGUUGCUCCGCCCUCCGCACCAAAACCAGGAAGUACACGUUCCAGUGCACGGACGGCUCCUCGUUCAUCCAGGAAGUGGAGAAAGUGGUCAAAUGUGGCUGUACGAAGUGUCCAUCCUAAAACAGAGAGAGAGAGAGAAAGAGACCCUGCCCCUUCCCCCCACACUUCCUGCCCUCCUCCCUCCACUUCCUCUCCUAUCCUCUCAUCUGUUUCUCCAUGUUUUUAUAUAAAUGUUCACAUAUUUUCCGUUUCGGACUGAUGAUCGCUUCCCUCAGAAGAGAAGAUGGAUUAUUGUAAGAUACAGAACAAAAAACCUAUUUUUUAUUAUCAAGGACAAAAAAAGUAUAGAUUUUAGAUUAUUUUGUUUGUUUUCAUUUGCAGUCCUGAAAGAACUGUGAUUUUAUUUUUUUGUUUACCUUUUUAAUUUUUUUAUUUUUUAAUUUUACUCAACAACACCUCAGUGAAGAGCGGAGAGCAGUCUGCUUCUCCGUACGGGUUUUUGGACUAACUCACUUUUUCAACAUGGGGAGAAAUAGUACCGCCAACACACACACACACACACACACACACACACACACACACACACACACCCCACGUGAACCCUGUGUAUUUAUUGUGUGAACCACUCCUUCACAGUACUUCCCUGGUUUUAUCCACAGAGUUACAGCCAAUAUAAACCUAUAUUAAUUUAUAUUUGUCCUGUUAACAGCGUAGCUUACACACAUACGCACACAGACACACACACACAUAUUAGCGUGCUGUAACGUAGAACAACUAACGGUGGUUGAUUCGACCAACGAGACGUAAGUCAUGUUUAUAUAAAUCCUUUAGUGGUGUUUCAAACCUUCAAAAUGUGAAGUGUAUAUUUUUGUCCUUAAACUUUGUACGGUGUCAGAGAUGGACUUUCCUAUUAGCACAGAACCAUGUAGCCCAUCCCCCUCCUCGUGUAUUCGACCUAAAACACGCAAUAUGUAGUGACCGAGUAACGCUAGCUCCACUAGGAGGCGCUCUGCGUGCCUCUGAAGAUGUUUCUCCUUAUAAAACUCGAUUUAACUAGAACGUAAAAGCUGUGAGUAUUUUUUAUCUAAAUGAUACUUUAACCCCGCCCACUUCCUCCCUCCUGUUAACACGUUGCUGCUAAACUGGUAUCGUAGAAUUUGCGCCAUGAUUAGACAUGUGCCGAUAUUACAGUUUCCAUACCACGAUAAUCGCCUUCCAUUAUCACAGUUUAUGCAUUUCGAUGUUCUUGGUAAGGAUCGCAUCAACAUUAUAAAGUAACAUUUGAAUAUUUAAAACAUCUUAUACAGUUAAUUUAAAACAUAUAUAUAAUAAAUAAACAAGGAUUCUUGCAUUGUAUUCUGGUUUCAGUUUCAUACUACUACUCAUAUUUUAAUCACUCAGAAGUGCAAAACAUCAGAAUAAUGCUAAAACUACAGUAAAAACAAACAAAUUGGUCACAUUACAAUUAAGCAAAUGCAACGGUUAGAAAAUACACAGAUUUCCUAAGCAGGUCGCGGUCUCGUUGUUCGGGAAAAUCGCCACGUCGUCACUUCAUUCUAGAAGUUGAAGAAGGCAUGUUACCUUACAACCUUCUAAUGUGACGUGAUUGUUAGCUAGGCAAAAUUGCAGCUAGGAUUUGUAAACAGUUAGCUCUUGUUGCAAAUGAACUAGCUUACCUGAUUAGCUGGCUAACAUUUUUAAACAGAUUUUCCUCUCGCAUUUGAUCUAGCUAAUAUAGUUAGCUGUCUAAAAGUGUCGAAUAGUUGCCUCAGUAAAAUGUGAUUAUACACAUUAUAUUAAUGCUAAAACUAUGACCAAAAUGGAUUUGACAAACAAAUUGGAUAUUCUGCAGUUAAGCAAAAAAAAAAAAAAAAAACAUGUUGCUUCAGUGUUCCAAGUCAAAAAAAAAAGUUCUAGGGAUUAAAAAUACACUAUAUGGUCUUUCUAGCACACUGUACAUGUGAGCUUUAAAAACGUACAUUCCUUUACUGACUUCUCAGCUUAGGUGCUAACACAGCUAAACAGGAUUAGCUUCUGUAGUGAUGAAUGAACUGGCUCAUAUAACUAGUUAGCUAACUAACUAACAGUUUAACCUGCUGGUUAGUCAACUAACUAAAAGUUAUCUCUUAUAGUGAUAGGUAAGCUAAUAAAGCUUGCUAGAUGUAUGCUGCUAGCUAGCUAGUUACAAAUGCUGCAUAGAUUGGGAAUGAAUUCUCGUGAUCUGAAACAGAAGUAUGACUCUUAAUCAAAACAGUACAGAAAAUGCCAGCUGCUAAACUGUUAGCUUAGAACAGUACAUUUGUGACGCUGCCUUCUUAGUGAGAAGAAAACGCAAAAAACACUUCUGAGUGAGAAAAAGCGCAAAAAAUGCUGACGACAAACGCUGCCUACCAGGUAGACGAGUCCAUUAUAACAGAAUAAUAUUCUGUUUGAUUAUCAAGAUAUUAUUCUGUUACAGAUCAUCGGCACAUGUCUAAUGAUGAUGAUGAUGAUGAUGAUGAUAAAGAUGAUGGUUAUUCAGCUGGUAAUGAUGGUAAUAAUGAUAUUAUGAUGAUGAUGAUGGUACCUGUGAUGAUGGUGUGUAUUGUAGAGGACGGUGCUUGUACACUGAUGAGCACAUUAUCUUACUGAUCUUUAAAUAAAAAUGUUCCUUCCUUGUA